AAGCCCAGUAAAUGAACUUGGGGGAGUUUGGUGGAGAGAGAAAAAUCUCUUUACAACAUCGUCACUCUGGUUUAUUACUGGUACAUUCCAUUAUCAGUACAGAAGAGUACAGGGAACUCAAACUAAAAACUCUAAUUCUGUUGACAUAUACCAAACAUGGCCUUAACAAUCCCAGCACAGCUCUUGCUCAAGCCACCCAAUUAUCGAGUGUUGCAAACCCCUGGAGGAGUUAUUAGUGUAACAGUUAGAACAAGAAAAGCUCAUAAUUCAUUGUUUUACAACUUCCAUAGGUUGUAUUUAGGUCUCACGGCGGCCUGCAGUGAUGGAGGGGGUGAAGUUUAUGUUAACCCUCACCAAGAUGUUGAUAAGUUAAAGGAUAGCUCAUCUAACACAGGUGAUGGUUACAUUGCCUUGUUUGUUCGGAUGCUUGGUUUGGACCAUGACCCUCUAGAUAGAGAACAGGCAGUCAUUGCUCUCUGGAAGUAUUCACUUGGAGGGAAGAAGUGUGUUGAUAUGUUAAUGCAGUUCCGGGGUUCUGUUAAUCUGACUGUGAACCUUCUAAGGUCUGAGUCUGAUGCUGCUUGUGAAGCUGCUGCUGGUCUUUUGAGGAUGAUAUCCUCAGUGAAUAUGUACAGAGAGCUUGUGGCAGAUAGUGGUGCAAUAGAAGAGAUAAACGGCCUCUUGCGACGUUCUUCCCUCUCCCCAAAUGUGAAGGAGCAAAGCUUAUGUACAUUAUGGAAUUUAUCUGUGGAUGAGAAACUCAGAAACAAAAUUGCCAAUUCUGAUCUCCUGCCUUUACUGAUAAAGUUUCUGGAGGAUGAAGAAGUGAAAGUGAAGGAGGCAGCUGGAAGGGUUUUGGCUAAUUUAGCAUUGACUGUUUCUAAUCACAAGAAUAUGGUUGAAGCAGGUGUCAUCCCAAAACUGGCAAUGCUCUUGAAAAAUGAGGUGGAGGGAUCUAAGGUCAUUAGAAAAGAAGCGAGGAAUGCGUUGCUGGAACUUGCUAAAGAUGAGUACAGCAAGAUUCUUAUCAUGGAGGAAGGUCUUCUUCUGGUCCCUUUAGUUGGUGCAGUUGCCUACAAGUCCUUCAGGCCAGCUCUGUAUUCAUGGCCUUCUUUGCCUGAUGGUACGAAACUUGACCAGAACCCAAAAACUUCAAGAUAUGGCGCCUCUGAAUUACUUCUUGGAUUAAAUAUUGAGGAUAAGAAUGCAAACAUUGAGGAAGCAAAGAUGAAGGCAAUGGUAGGACGCACUCAACAGCAAUUUCUUGCACGUAUUGGGGCAAUAGAAAUGGAAGAAGAUAAUAUAUCCAGUGGUGAACUUUCAUCAAAUCCAAGGUUUACUCUUUUGCCGUGGAUGGAUGGCGUGGCUCGCUUGGUUUUAAUUCUUGGACUUGAAGAUGAGUCAGCUAUUGCUAGAGCUGCAGAGGCCAUUGCAGAUGUAUCUGUUAAUGAGCAAAUGCAGGUUUCGUUUAAAGAAGCAGGUGCUAUAAACCCUCUUGUUCGGCUAAUUAACCAUCCUAGUGACACUGUUAAAUUAGCUGUUAUUCGGGCUCUGGAGAGGCUAUCUAUCAGGUAGUUAUCAUAUUUACUUUAAGAUGUUAUACUCUUCCAUGUAGUUAAGACACAUUAAUGACUUAUCUAAUUAUGUCCUAUGUGAUUAUGGCUCUGUGGUAAAGGUUCAUUGAUUUACUUUCAGCAGUGAGCCGUGAAAGUUCUCUCCUUUAUUUAAUAUUGAUGUUAGGGGCGUAAUCAUCUGAUAAUUGCACUUUAGAAAAGGUGAAUUCUUCCUCCAUUAUGUGCUUACUUUGGAGCAAAUAUGAUUCAUGGCUCUGGUAUUGGACUAAGCUCUUAAAAGGAUCUUACUGUAAAGCAACUUGUUCAAUUAACAAUUCUUGUGAUUCUAUUAGAUUUGCUGUUAUUUGCUAAAUUUGUCUUGUAAUUCUUUUGUUUCCAUGGUUAUGAGACAUAAAUGACUUGUUGCAGCUAAAUAUUUCAAUCUGUAUGACUCCCUUUAAUGUUUUUUUUUUUUUG